ACAGACGUUCGGACAUGGACAUAUUUCUUCACAAGAUGCUUACGUUGCUGUUUUUGAUUCAAUGCUGGUUGAUUCCUCAUUGCCAGAGUUUCAAUGUGGGGACGUCAGGAGCCAAAGUGUUCUCUGGACCUGCAGUGGAGGAGUUUGGUUACACCGUUCAGCAAUUCACCAAUCACCUAGGGAAAUGGCUGUUGGUGGGUUCUCCCUGGAGUGGAACCCCUGAUAAUAGGAAAGGGGACAUUUACAAGUGUGAUAUCACAGGCCCAGGAUCCAACUGUGAGAGACUGAAUCUUCAAAACACAGUCGCUGUACCAAAUGUGAUGGAUGUCAACGUCAACAUGAGUCUGGGUCUGACACUCAUGCGAUCAAAAAACAAUGACAAUUUCGUGACAUGCGGGCCACUCUGGGCCCAGAGGUGUGGCAGUCAGAAUUAUUACCCUGGGGUGUGUGCUGAAGUCACCCCACGAUUCAGCUCACUUCCUGCAUUUGCUCCUGCCCUUCAAACAUGUGGAGGACCAAUGGAUGUAGCUAUUGUAUUGGAUGGUUCAAACAGCAUCUAUCCAUUUAAGCCAGUUGCUGAAUUUCUUGUGAAACUUUUGGAGAACCUUGACAUUGGUCCCCAAAAGACCCAGGUCAGCGUCUUACAGUACGGAGAGGACACACAGUUCCAGUUCAAGUUGAAUUCAUACCAAAAAAAAGAGGCCAUGCUAGCCGCUGCAAGCAUCAUCCAACAGAAAGGGGGACUGGAGACCAGAACAUUUGAAGCCAUUCAGUAUGCCAGUCGAUAUGCUUUUCUCCCUGAGAAUGGCGGUCGUGCAGGUGCUACUAAAGUAAUGGUGGUGGUGACUGACGGGGAGUCCCACGACAAAGAAUUGCGAGACCAAGUCAUUGCAGCGUGUGAGCAGGAGAAGAUCACCCGCUUCAGUAUUGCCGUCCUUGGAUACUACAACAGGAACAACAUAGAUCCCAAAACUCUAAUUGCUGAAAUCAAGUCUAUAGCCAGCACCCCAACGGAAAGACACUAUUUUAAUGUGUCUGAGGAAGCUGCCCUGCUGAAGAUAGCAGGAACCCUGGGAGAUCGCAUUUUCAACAUUGAGGGAACUGGCAAGGGUAGUAAUUUCCAGAUGGAGUUUGCCCAAGUUGGUUUCAGUGCUUAUCAGACCAGUAAAAAGGAUAGCCUGAUGCUGGGAGCUGUUGGAGCGUAUGGGUGGAGCGGAACGGUUGUUCAUCAAACGGGCCAGAAAUUUGAGACGCUGCCCCAGAAAGUCUUUGAGACCACUCUGGAUGACAGGAACCACAGUUCUUAUCUGGGCUACUCAGUGACAUCGCUGAGUCACGGCAGCACGGAGUACUUUGUUGCUGGAGCCCCGCGGGCGAACCACUCUGGCCUGGUGGUGGUCUACACACUGGACAGCUCAGCACAGGCCUCCAUCAUAGACACCCAGAGGGGCACUCAGGUGGGCUCCUACUUUGGCAGUGUGAUGUGUCCACUGGAUGUGAAUAGAGAUGGCGUGACUGACGUGCUGCUGGUGGGAGCUCCCAUGUUCAUGAGUGAGGACAAGAAGGAGACGGGGAAGGUCUACGUCUUCUCCAUCACCAACGGGAUUCUGAGUGACCAGGGCGUCCUGGUGGGUCCUUCCGCUGUGGAGAAUGCCCGAUUUGGGAUGGCCAUGUCUGCAGUACCGGACCUCAACCUGGACGGCUUCAGUGACGUUGUGGUGGGAGCACCUCUGGAGGACAACAGCCAUGGAGUCAUUUACGUCUAUUUUGGAGAUAAGACCACUGUCCGAUUGCAACACUCACAGAGAAUUGUGGGGCUGAAGGUGGACCCUGCGCUUCAGUACUUUGGACGCUUCCUGGACGGCAGCGGAGAUAUGAAUGGAGACACCAUCCCAGACAUCUCAGUGGGGGCUUACGGGAAGGUGGUGCAGCUCUGGUCCAGAGGCGUGGCUGUCGUCACUGCUCAGGCCUCCUUCACGCCUGACAAGAUCAGCAUCCUGAAAAAGGACUGCCGCUUAGGGGGAAGGCUGGCCUCGUGUUUCACUGCCAGAGUGUGUUUCAGUGCCAGCUUCAGGCCCAUUAGGCCUAUAGGACCAGUGGUCAUAACAUACAACCUCACUCUGGAUGCGGACCUGCAGUCCUCCAGAGUCAGUUCCAGAGGCCAGUUCAGUAACUCUGAGCGCACUGUACAGAAAGACAUAAGCAUCAGCACACAGCCACGGUGUGAGGAGCACAUAGUUUAUGUGCAGGAGGCUCCUGACUUUGUCAGCUCCGUUGCUUUGCGAGUGGACAUUGCCCUCCAGAAUCCAGCUGCCAACCCCGUCUUGGACGCAUUCAGUAAAGAUGCGUGGGAGUUUUUUAUCCCAUUUUCCAAGGACUGUGGCACAGAUGACGUGUGUGAGAGCAACCUGCAGCUGAGUGUGAAGAGGAGCGGACAGCAGUCAAGUUCCUCUCCCAUGUUGGUGAGCCAGAAGAACAGAAUACUGUCCUUCACUGUGUCAGUGACCAACAAGAAAGAGAAUGCCUACAACACCAGAGUCUCCGCCACAUAUUCCAAGAACCUCUUCUACGCCUCCAUCACACAGCCUAGUGACGGCACAGAGGUGAAGUGCACGUCAGUGGCCGAAUCUCAAAGCCUGUCCUGCCAAGUGGGCUACCCUGCUCUGAGGAAAGACCAAACGGUGACAUUUGAAUUAAUCUUUGACUUCAAUUUUGACCAACUGCAAAAAGAAGCCAGAGUUGACUUUGAAGCCGAAAGUGACAGCAAAGAAGAAACUCCCACGGAUAACGAGGCCUCUCUCUCCAUUCCGGUUCAGUAUGACUCUGAGAUCAUCAUGACCAGGGAGGCCAACAUGAAUUUUUAUGUGGUUGAAAAGGAGGACAAUGUCCAGCCUACUGUUGCAAACUUUGACGACAUUGGCCCUGAAUUCAACUUCAUGCUGAAGGCCUCCACAGUCAACUUUCCAGUUAACCUGGUCUAUCUUACUGUCUCCAUGCCAACCAAAACCAAAGGAGGGAAUCCACUGCUUUACGUGACUGGAGUGAAGACAGCACCACCCAGUGAAGUGAGCUGUGAUGUAAGCGGGCUGAUCAACCCGCUGAAGAUAGGGUCCAGUCCCCAUUCAGCCACCUUUAACAAAGAGACCUUCGGAGACAUGCAGAAACUGGACUGUAAGACCUCGACGUGUGAAUCAAUGAAAUGUGUCUUCAAAGACCUGGCCAUCAAGAGCCAGUACUUUGUGAAUGUGACAGCUCGGAUAUGGAAGGGCACUUUUGUUUCUGCAUCAUUUCAGGCUGUGACUCUCAGCGUAAGUGCUGACAUGGAGACUGCCCAGCCAGAGCUGAUAGUGAUUACAGACAAACACCGUGAGGUUGAUGUGACCAUCAGCAAAAAAGGCGGGAAAGGUGAGGUGCCCGUUGGUGUCAUCGUGGGGAGUGCUCUGGGUGGUUUGCUUCUUCUGGCUAUAGCGACGGCAGUACUGUGGAAGCUUGGGUUCUUCAAGAGGAAGUACAAGCCACUGAUGAAGGACGGUGACGCGGAUGAGGGUGAAACUGAGGCGCUGCAAAACAACACCCCCUAGGGGCAAAGUCUACUGAUGCUGGAUCCCAGCUCUACCCAUAACAAGCGCUUAGACUAAUCUAGAGACUCUUGAUUUCUCGGGUCCAAUAAGGGCGAUGGGACCUGGGAGGAUGAACAGUAGAAAGUGGACAGACUUGGAGUGACAUUUGUUAAAAGGACCGUUGUUCAAUACUUGGCGUGUGGCAUUUGCA